GUCGCCGCAGCUUCCAAAUACACUAGAUUUCUUUACUACUUUAUUCCGGUGGUCACAUUGUUUGUUACCAAACAACUUGCUCGCCUUUCGCCAAUAAUACUACUUGACCAUUUCUCCUACGUAGUUCAUAUCUCUCGCUUUAUUCUGUGCGUGAGUAUUUAAAUUUUCUUAUUUUAUUUUAUAAAAAAAGUUCAUAUUCGAUUGACAAAAUUGACCUGUUUACGAACACGACUACUAAGAUCGUACUCGAUUUCGGGUUUUUGCAAGAAACCUUUGACGGCAAGAAACUAACUAACUUGAUGCGCAGUAAUAUAGUUUCAAGUUGCAACGGUAAACAGCAGAGAAAAGAAAAAAAAAUGUAGACACCCACGUUGAAUCCUGCUCAGCAUCAUCUCCAUCCAGUUGAGCAUCACUCAAGCACAGACACCAACAACUCCUUCUCAUUACUGCUUCUUGAUCGAUCCAUCUUGUUGCAUUAGUCUUCCACCAUCCCCUGAUAUCCAAAUCAUCAUCUAAUGAAAAAUAACUACACCUCUUCUUCUUCUUCUUGUGCCCUCUUCCUCACUCUUUUCUUGACCUUAAUGCACUCUGCUCAUGGCUUCGGAUCAAUGGGAUCCAUCGCAGCUGCGUUUGGUGAAGAUGGGUUCUUCUGCGCGAUAGAUGCGAGUGGGAAACAAGCUGUGAUCUGCUGGGGGAAUGAUACAAGUAGUAGCUCCUCAACUUCAAGCAGCUCCCCUGCUUAUUCUGAUGAUAUUCCUGCCUUGGCGGCUCUUUCGGGUGGUGAUGGUUUUUUAUGUGGAAUUUUAGCCAAUACUUCAGUACCAUACUGUUGGAGUUCGAUCACUAAUGAUCUUGUUCCUCAGGUCUUUAAGUCUACUGCUUAUUCCCACAUUGCAGCUGGGACUAAUCAUGUUUGUGCUAUAAGAGGGUCUUACUAUUCUGAUAAUAAUUUGGGGUCAGUUGAUUGCUGGGAUAUAGUUCGAAAAAGUGGCAGAAAUUUAAGUUCGGAACAGAGUACUCUGUUUUAUGAUCCAGGGAUAAGUAAUCUUGUUUUGAAAACAGUUGUUUCUGGUGAAGGUUUUAGCUGUGGUUUAUCGAGAGAGGAUCGCAUUCUGUGCUGGGGUCCUAACUCUACUAGCUUACAACUUUCCAGUGAUUUAGUAUCGGAGAAAUUUUUUACAUUAGCUUCAGGGAGAGAUUCUGUCUGUGGGCUAUCACAAGUCGAUGAUGAGGUGCAUUGUUGGGGUAAAAAUGAUUCUCUCAAGGCUCCUCCAAUUGGGAUUGGAUUUGUGUCUUUGGCUGCUGGUGCGCAACAUUUUUGUGGGAUUCGACAAGAUAAUCAUGGGAUUGAGUGUUGGGGGAGUUUUAAUUCGUCUUCUAUUCCAAAGGCCUCUGGUUUUUUGGCAAUAGCUUCUUCAGAUUAUAUUACCUGUGGUAUUAGGGAAGAUGAUUUGGUGCUGGAUUGUUGGUUUGCUUAUAUUGCAUCGACACCAAAUUAUGAUCCUCCGUUUCAGUUGUGUAGUCCUGGUCUGUGUAGUCCUGGAUCUUGCGGCCAAGGAAGAUUUGCUUUCAAUGCAAGCUCACUCCAUGAGACUGAUUUAACUAGCCUGUGUGUUCGGAAAGAGCUCAGUAUUUGUUCUCCUUGUGGGGUAAAUUGUGCCGAAGGUUUCUUCACUUCUAGUCCUUGUACUGAGAAUGCAGACAGAGUUUGCACAGCUUGCUCUCUCUGCCAAAACAGCUCUUGUUGGGAUAUCUGCAACCUUCAUCCCUUGACAGAUAUGAAGCGAAAGCAUCAGCAUCAGCUACGUAGAUUAAUCCUCGUGGUGGCUGCUUCUGCCUCUGCUUUGGUCUUGAUACUAAUCUGCUGGUGCCUUUUACCCAGCCUUAUUGCUAAUAACAACAAAAGGAGCAAAACCAAACAGUUUGCUUUGUGUCUUGGCAAAGAGCUGGAAACUGAAGCCCUUAACGAUUCACACCCCCCUGUCGUUGUGACCCCGUGUCCUGGAGUAGCUCAAAUCUUCCGACUCACAGAAUUAAAGGAUGCCACCAAUGGGUUCAAGGAAUUCAAUGAGCUUGGCAGGGGAAGCUACGGCUUUGUUUACAAAGCUCUGCUUCCGGAUGGGAGGCAAGUUGCAGUCAAAAGAGCGAAUGCUGCUACAAUAAUUCACACAAACAAUAGGGACUUUGAAAUGGAGCUCGAGAUCCUUUGCAGUAUCAGACACACCAAUGUGGUGAAUCUGCUCGGCUAUUGUGCAGAAAUGGGAGAAAGACUCCUUGUUUACGAGUACAUGCCACACGGAACACUUCAUGACCAUCUCCAUAGCGGACUUUCACCUCCAAACUGGACCCUCCGUUUAAAUAUUGCCCUGCAGGCUGCAAAAGGACUCGAGUACCUCCACAAGGAAGUUUCACCUCCAAUAGUCCAUCGCGAUGUCAAGAGCUCAAACAUUCUCUUGGAUGCAGACUGGGGAGCCCGAAUAGCAGAUUUCGGGCUCUUAACCUUAAAUGAGACUGAUGUUGUCGAAGAUAUCAAAUCUGACGUCUACAACUUUGGAAUCGUCCUGCUUGAAAUUUUGAGUGGCAGAAAAGCUUAUGACAGAGAUUGUGCCACUCCUAGUAUAGUGGACUGGGCACUGCCAAUUAUUCGACAAGGCAAGGCAGCUGCCACAAUCGACAGAUAUAUUCCUCUUCCUAGAAACGUCGAACCUCUAUUAAAACUCGCGGAAGCAGCUGAGCUAGCUUUAAGGGAAGAUCCCAGUGAGCGUCCUACAAUGACAGAUUUAGUAGUAUUAUUAGAACGCCUUGUGAAAGACAUGGUGAUGUUGUAGCUUCCACAUUGCAAGGCUAAUAUUUAUUUUAAUUAAUUUUUUUUAAAGCUGUGAACACUGAGGAGCAGCGUUUGGGCACUGCUGUUCUCCUCAACUGUAUAUUUCUUGUAACAUAUUCUUCUCAACAACAGAUUCAAACUGUAAUCUUGUUUUUGUGGGAAUCUCUGUUGCAGAUCAUUGUCCACGGGGAACAGAUUAGUUUCUUCCAUUUUAUUUCACAGUUUGUUAGUAACUAGUUUAUCCGCGCAUACAUAAAUUAUCUAUGGUUUUUCA